ACCGUUUUAAACGAAUAAAUUCCUGCGGUGUUCUUGCGGUGCAGUCGUGCGCCAGAACUCCACACGUUAUCCUUUGUUCGAUUGCUUUAACUUUCGUUUCGGAGUCGUAUCGUAUUAGCUGGCUCAUUAUCUAGAUAAGAAGGCGGACGUUUCCACCGUUCCGCAUUACUCAUUGCUAUAAUUAUUCGCUAAGUGAAAUCACAUUUACGAAUGACUUUGUGAAGAAAAGCGUUUGUAUAAGUGCAAAUACUAAGUAACAAUUUCUCAGUCUGUCGGUUAAAAGCGUUGUAACGAACAUCGCAUAGUUCGCGAUUCGGUUAACUGUUGAUGAGUCAGAGUGCGUUUUUAUCACGGUAGAAAGUGUUUUACGGGAUACCGUGGUCCGCUAAUAACAGGAACAAUGUUCAGUUGGCUGAAAAGAGAAACGAAAACAGAGGAGGUGGUGGAAAAUGUGUUGGGAGAACUGAAAAAAAUUUACCGCAGUAAAUUGUUGCCACUGGAAGAGCAUUACAAUUUCCAUGACUUCCACUCGCCGAAGCUGGAGGAUUCGGAUUUCGAUGCGAAACCGAUGAUCCUGUUGGUUGGCCAGUACUCCACUGGUAAAACCACCUUCAUCCGGUAUUUAUUGGAACGCGAUUUUCCUGGCAUUCGGAUCGGACCGGAACCGACGACGGAUCGCUUUAUUGCCGUCAUGUAUGACGACAAGGAGGGUAUGAUACCGGGCAAUGCGCUUGUAGUCGAUCCGAAAAAACAGUUCCGUCCGCUGGAAAAGUAUGGCAACGCUUUCCUUAACCGCUUCCAGUGUUCCCACGUACCGUCCCCGGUACUGCGGGCGAUAUCGAUCGUCGACACACCCGGUAUUUUGUCCGGCGAGAAACAACGUGUAGAUAGAGGCUACGAUUUCACGGGAGUCUUGGAAUGGUUUGCAGAACGUGUGGAUCGUAUUAUACUGUUGUUUGAUGCACACAAGCUGGACAUUUCGGACGAAUUUCGACGGUCGAUCGAAGCACUGCGAGGACAUGACGACAAGAUUCGGAUAGUGCUGAACAAGGCUGACAUGAUCGAUCAUCAACAGCUGAUGCGUGUAUACGGUGCUUUAAUGUGGUCCCUCGGCAAAGUACUGCAGACACCGGAGGUGGCCAGGGUGUAUAUCGGUUCUUUCUGGGAUCAACCGCUACGGUACGACGUGAACCGGAGGCUGUUCGAAGAUGAAGAGCAAGAUCUUUUCCGUGAUUUGCAAUCCCUUCCCCGCAAUGCAGCCUUGCGCAAACUGAACGAUCUCAUCAAGCGAGCUCGACUAGCCAAGGUCCAUGCGUACCUUGUCUCGGAGCUUCGAAAGGAAAUGCCGCCAAUUUUUGGCAAGGAUAGCAAGAAAAAGGAGCUGAUCAAAAAUCUUGGCAGCAUCUACGAUCGCGUUUGCCGCCAGCAUCAGGUGUCGAUUGGAGAUCUGCCGGACAUUAAGAAAAUGCAAGAAGUGCUCGCCAAUCAGGACUUUACCAAGUUCCAUUCGAUCAAAAUGCCACUAAUAGAAGUGGUGGAGCGCAUGCUGACCGUGGAUAUUGCGCGAUUAAUGAGCAUGAUACCGCAGGAAGAGAUGCAGUUGGUUUCGGAGCCACUUGUCAAAGGAGGCGCCUUCGACGUGGUGGAGGACGUGGUUUCACCGUUUGGAUACCGGAAGGGCGAAGGAAUCGAUGCCGGGUACGGUGAGGUGGAUUGGAUAUGCAAUCGUGAUCGUGCCCGAACGGAUCCCAUCUUCGAGUCACUUCAACCGACUGAUGGAAAGAUUUCCGGUGCCGCGGCCAAGUCGGAGCUGACCAAAUCGAAGUUACCGAACAACGUCCUGAGUAAAAUUUGGAAGCUCUCCGACUACGAUCAGGAUGGUUUCUUGGACAUCGAAGAGUUUGCCCUGGCGAUGCAUUUAAUCAACGUCAAAAUGGAUGGCAAUGAGUUACCGACAGCCUUGCCCCUUCACCUGGUACCACCGUCCAAGCGGCAAGUAGACUACGAUUAGGUGUACCGAGCAAAGCAAGGACUCGGGGGCACGGAUGUUGAGGCCGUACAGCGUUUCGCGUUUGUGGGUGUGUGUGUGUGUAUCAGCUAAACUUCCAGCAGCGCUAGAGAGAGCUCGAUUGUUAAUCUUGUUUCCUAUUUACUAUCUUGCCCGGCCGACUGGCUUCAAAUAUUGCUUGCGCGUUGGAUCGACCCAUCACCUCUGACAUUCGUUCGAGAGUUUAUUCACGCUUUGUGUAUCAUCUUUUGCUUAUCGUUUGUUCGACCUCUUCUUUUUUUCUGAUGGGUUUUUGUCGUGUUGCCGUACGUUCCGAUCCUGUGUCAGGCGACCAAUCAAUCCUCAAACUUUCGCUUCCCUGGGGUUUAUGCGUUCAGUCACUCUUCCCGUUUUCUGUUAGCGGAAACGUUGAUGGAGCUGCCUGCGGCAACAGAGGAAGUUGGCGUUUUGUUUCGUUUCGCUUGUGACGAUCCAGUUCUUGGAAAACGAAGAUCAACUUCAACUAUGGUCCGAGUUUGUUAUGCUCCUCCUCCUGCCCUUCCCCCAUCGAAGUGAACAUCAAAUUUUCCUCCUUGAGACAAUGCCAAUGAGGAAAACAGAAGUCGGAAGACAAGCAUUUCGGUUUCAGCUGUAAUGAGCAAAAGCAAACUAGUCCAAGCAAGUUUACCGCAAACAAGCGGCAAGAAAAGAUCAAGGAGAAUUUCGUUGAGAGAAUUAUAAACAAAAAGCUACGUUUCCUCCAGGGCAGUAGGCUCGUUCUUUCGUGUUUAGGUGAUUAUUUAUUAUUUAUACACUUAGUUAGUGAAGUAAAUCAUUACGAAAUUUAGCAAAACAAGUGCAUGCAUACAUCCAGACACACACACACACACACACACACACACACACACACACACACGUGCAUAUAAAUGUAAUGCAAAAAUAGCUUUCGCGCAAAGUAAAACGAGCAGAAACGAAUAUUGCCGAACAUAACAUAUAGGAAUACAAUCAAUUAUAUGUAUUUUGAUUUAUUAUGCGCUUGUUGCAAAUGCUUUCAUUUAUAACGUGUUGAUUGUAUUGAGUUGAGGGGCGUUCAGUAAAACAGGUAUAGCUAGUUGAAAACAAAAAAUCAUGCAAUAUUAGCAGAAAGAAAUUUAUGUAGGUUCUAGUUGAAAACGGAAACCUGUUUGUUGAGAAGGUCAAUGGAAAAGACGAUCGCGAUGAGUUUUUGCUAUUUGAAAGAAUUUUGAACAAAUAAUAAUGUAUCUAAUCAUAUAGGAUGCAAUGACGAAUGAUUCGGGUCGUUAAUACGCAAUUUCAUGAUCAACCAACAAACGAAUAGGUAACAUGCAAAUGAAUGUUUUUGAACUUGUGGUUUUGCUUAGUGUUUUGUGUUAGUAACGGCUUUGUAUGUCUACAACACCUUCUUUAAAGGGUGCUUUAUUGAUUAGAUUUUUUGUCAUUUUAUCUUAUUUAAUCUGUAGCGAAAAUGGAUCCGAAUCAACUAGUUAAGAGUUGUUCAUAUGUCUGGCGAGAGCUGCAAGUGUUGCUCUUGUAUUUUCACUUUACCCUUUCGGUUGCUUCAUUUCAAUUGCAGUGCUUCUUCACUUGAGUGGGUCGUUGUAGCGAAAAGUGAAUUUGGUGGAAUGGCAUUUCAGAACGUUUCAAAGUUGUCGUCAAAGUGGUUGAGUUCCAGUGUUGACCUCAGUUGGUUGAAGGAACUAUAGAAAAAGAGAGAAACAGAGAAAUAGAGAGAGAGAAUGAAAAAAGAGCUUUUUACGUCCUUUUUCUUACAUCCAAAAUGCAUAAUUUAUGCGUGGCCAGUGUCCUUUGUCCAUUGCCAUGGUCCUGUGGUAAAGAAGGAAUAACAAUGAAAAUGUAUAAGGAUAGCUACUAUCUCUGAGCUGAAAAUAGUCUCGAACGGUUUCUUUCACUGCAUCGGUUACUUUGAAUUAUUUUGCCACAGCCUACUGGUCCACCAACCGUCAAAGCGUUGCAUAUUUGGAUCGUACUUGGCUUAAAAAGUAAAAUCGAUUGGAAUUGAAUAAUUUAUUACUCCAAUUAUACUUGGUUGUUUUGCAAUGCCCUAACUAACGGAUGGGCCGUUUCUCUGUUGCUAACCGUUGAAGAAAAGGUAGAUUAUUGCAUUUACAUUGCGGUUGUUACAUCUUUUGCUUUCUUGACUGAUGUUGAUAUCAUACGAAAAUUUCAUAAUAAUAGAGAACAGUAUGAAAGAACCAUGUUAUAAAUCAAAAAUCUUUCUGUUUUUUCUUAAUUUAACUACCUAACUAGCUUUUGCCUGCCAUGUAAUGGCUUUCUUUACUUAUUUUUGCCAAAUUGCCGGGCAGUUAGUGUUUGCUACUCUGCUCGCAGGCUUUCAAAUCCGACGCACGACCGUCGAUGUAUUAAACCAAUCGCCUUGGGCUUAUGACCGACAUAAGCACAUCCAAAUAGAGGGUUCGGAAGACUGUAAACAAGUUGCUAUCUGUUACCCGAAGGGUAUGUACUUGAGAGAGAGAGUGUUCUUUGAUUCUUUAUCGAGCAUUAAUUUUGUUUGUUUGUUUGUGUUUUGAGCGCGAAAUGGAAAGUGUAAACUAGCUGAAAUUAACUUGUUUGCAACAGAACAGAACGGACAUAUACAUACACACAUCCCUUUGAUAUACACAACUCCACAAAUGUAUACACAAUACAUAUUUACAAUGGAACGGUCGACCAUUUUUACGGUAUUUGUAUGUGUAUAGGGUAUAAGCACGCGGAAAGAUAAUGGGAGAAAUAAAACGAAAACACACGAUGCGAUGAGAAAUGUAACAAACAGUGUUCGAAUUGACAAAACGCUUACUUGUGAACUGCAGCAGCAGAAGGUUCGAUGCCACCUAAAAGUUCGCUUGGAAAACGUCCGUUUCUUGGUCGAUCAUCCAAUCAUCAAUUCUUGAAGUAAGCAUUUUUUGUAAGCGAAAAAAAGAGAGUGAGCAAGUACGUGUGCAGAAUAGCAAGCACAAAAUAGAAACGAAGAGGAUAAAUAGUAGGAGGUAGGAUGCAUGGCAAAAAGGAUCUAACAUUGCAGGAUAAAACAUCGACCCGUGUAAAAUGUAACAUCAAAGGAGCAGGGACCGAUAGGAAGAAACGCGACCGAGAAACCCGGCGGCUUUCUUUUGCUGCGUAUGGCGCGCCUCGAUAAGCAAAUGUUGUAAAAAGAAAUGAAUCAUAACGAAACGACAAUAGU